CAUCACUUUAUUGUUUCGUUGUUUACGAUCGUCAACCAUUCGCAAUUACUACUGAUCGUUCGGUAGGAAGAACAUUUUGUCUCUGACACUACUAAACGAAUAUAAGUUAAUCGAUAAUGGGGCAAGUUAAAAAUUUGGAAACAGAUAGCAUUUCACCUGACACCGAAAAUAUAAUAAAAGAAUGUACUAAUAUCGCUGAUGAAGCUAACAAACGAUACAAAUGUACCUUCCCUGAGUGUAGCUUAUCUUUUCUUAGACCAUCACGAUUAGAACGACAUAUUAGAGUUCACACAGGAGAGAGACAUUUUAAGUGUUCAUAUCCUGAAUGUAAUAAGGCUUACACAAAUAAUUGUCAUUUAAAGAGGCAUAUGAAAUUCCAUAGUAUACAAUUACAUAGGUGUCCAGAAUGUGAAUUGUACCUCAGGAAUCAGCAUAAUUUGAAACGUCAUUUUAAUAGAAUGCACAAGGAUCUUGAUAGAUUGACUUGUAAAGAAUGCAAAAAAGUUUUUCCAAAAAAAUAUCAGCUUCAAAGGCAUAUGACAGAACACUCUACCUCAUAUACAUGCAAAAUGUGUAAUAAAACUUUUACAAAUAUAAGAAAGUUUAACAGACAUAAGAAGAGUCAUGAACCAGGAGACAAACAAUACCCUUGCCCUGUGUUGGGAUGUACUGAAGUUCUUGGCAAGUGGCUAUUUCUUCAAGCUCACAUUAAAACACAACAUGUGAAUGAUCACAGAUGUAAGGACUGCGACAAAGUAUUCUUAAGUAGAAAUCACUUGAGAAAUCAUUCUAUUAUUCAUGUAAAGGAUAGACCUCGUUUGUCUUGUCCAUAUGACAAAUGCCCGCGUGUGUACAUGACUCAAAGCACUUUAACAACGCACAUACGAAUUUAUCAUUUAGAUAAAAAAUUCGAGUGUGAUAUAUGCAAAGUAAGGAUUGGAACGAAAUCAAACUUAAGAUUUCAUAUUGAGAAGCUACAUAUGUCGGAGAGAAAGAUCAAGGAGAUAAAAAGAACGCAACGGAAAAGACGAAAAGAUAUUGGAAUACCAACUAGGAGUGCGGUGUCCAAGUUGGUUGGAGUUAAUUUACCACCGAAAAUAGAGAAGUUAAUACUAGAAAGGAAAGAACCAAUAGAAUACUUAAACCAGUUUGAAAUAGUGACAGAAGAACCCAAAACUGAUUCGUGAUUAAUUAGAUUCAUAAGAGAACUAAUUAAAAUUCUUAAUUCGCAAAGUA